GACCCCAAAAGGGGACCGAAACAGAAAAAGAAUGCAUCCAAUGCAUCAUUUUAUCUUCAUGAGCUAAGAGCUAAUAUGAAACCUUGAUUAGCCUUAUUGCAACGCUUCACCUCGUUCUGAUUACGUAUAUCGGGAUACUGCAUUUAGUGGGUUAAAUUUCUUAGUUUUGCAGUGAUUUGGACGAGGAUUAAGAUUAGACAUUCAAAACUAUGAAUUUUUUUCUUGCUUCUUUCAGCAAGUAUUUUAUCUUUGUGUUAAAUUUACAAUUCAAAGCAGAUAUUGCUCAAUAUUUGAUCAAAUCUGAUGAUGUCAUCAAACCUUUCAUGACCAAUUAUUGUGAUGUUAAAUUUUCACUUCGUCUGUAAGCGGCAGAUGCUGCGCGCCGCUAUGGCGGUCUCACUGCUGAAAAAUUCAUCUGGACUAUUAGGUGUGAGCCGCGGUGCGCUCUCGGCGGCUGUGCGGCCCGCCUCCACGGGCGGAGUCAAUGUGGCGCAGGCCGGCGAGGUGGAGGUGCUGCCCUCCACGCGGCUGACAGACCUGCCGCGCGGCCGCGGCGGACGCUCCAGCUUCUCGGGCCAGGUGGUGACCGUGUUCGGCGGCACCGGCUUCCUCGGACGCUAUGUCGUCAACCGGCUCGGCAAGACCGGCUCCCAGAUCGUGGCCACCUACCGGGGCGACGACUACGAUGUGCGCCACCUGAAGCUGGCUGGCGACCUGGGCCAGGUGGUGUUCUGCCACUAUAGUCUCAAGGACAUGGACUCGAUCCGCAAGGCCGUCCGACACUCCAACAUCGUCAUCAACCUGGUCGGGCGCGACUUCAACACCUGGAACUUCAAGUUCGACGACGUCAACAACGUCGGUGCACGCGCCAUCGCGCGGGCGUGUCGCGAGGCCGGCGUCAAGACGCUGGUGCACUUCUCGGCGCUGAACGCCGCCGAGAACCCCGAGGGCCACGUGCUGAAGGGCGGCUCGCAGUUCCUGAAGAGCAAGUGGCGCGGCGAGAUGGCCGUGCGGGAGGAGUUCCCCGACGCGGUGGUGUUCCGGCCGGCCGAUAUGUUUGGUCAGGAGGACCGCUUCACUAGGUACUUUGUUAGCCUGACCCGGCACCAGGGUAAGUGGAUGCCGCUCUACCGGAAGGGCGAGCACACCAUCAAGCAGCCCGUGUUCGUGGGAGACGUGGCGCGCGCCGUGGAGAAGGCCAUCCGCAGCCCCGACUCGGCCGGGGAGACCUACGAGGCGCUCGGUCCGCGCCGGUACCAGCUCAGCGAGCUGGUCGACUGGUUCCACCGCGUCAUUCGCAAGAAGAGCGACUGGGGCUACAUGCGCUACGACAUGAAGUGGGACCCGUUCCUGAUGCUGCGCGCGCGCGCCAACGAGAUGAUCUGCCCCAGCUGGCCGAUCGGCACCUUCGUGCCGGAUAAGGUGGAACGGGAAUGUGUGACUGACCAGCCGACCGGGGCGCCCACCCUCUCGGAUCUCGGCGUGCCGCUCACCACCAUGGAGGAGCGCAUCAUGUGGGAGCUGAAGCCGUUCAAGGCGGGCGCCUACUACGAGGAGCAGCUGGACGAGUUUGAGAAGCCGGCGCCGCCCCGCGUCGCCGUGUGAUAGUGUCUCAGAGUGUCUGAGUGAACUGCCGGGGUUCGGGUGACAGCGCCGGGCGGAACCGAGACCCGACCGGGUAGAAUGUGAUGAGAUAAUGUGAAUAUAUUGUAAAUAGGAC